GAGCGAGCCGUUCAGACGUAACGUUAAGUUUAUCGGACCCUGAUCAAGAUCGCAAGAGAUGUUGCUCAAGGUUCGUCGGACGAAUAACCCCGUGGUCAGGUUCAUUGACACAAACUCGGCUUUCUCCAUAAAUCAUUUGUCAUUCGAGUGCUACCAGCCUUUCGCUGCUCAGCCUGCGACGCACUUGGCGUACAUAACCCGGCCAUCGACAGGUCAGACGUGAAUUCCCUAGCAACCUCAGGCAUGGGAUAUUACAAAUGACUCACACUUCUUAAUACAGUUCUACAUGCACACUGUACGCUCGGGGGUUUGUAAAUGCCGGUCGUGUUAGCUACAGCUCUUGAGUUUUACCUAGCAGACAAGAUCAGUCCUCAGCUAUAGAAACAACACUGGCUACCUGCCUACAGCCGCCAGCAAUGAGGACGGCGCACAGACCGACACCACUCGACGGCCAUCGCCACAGACAAAGCAAUUUUGUUUGGUGUUAGAAACUAUAACAAUCACAGAUGGCUCUUUAAAAGGAUCACUGCAUUUAUUCUGGAAUUAUUUUGGAUUUUCCCCCGAAUGUCGAGUGAUAUGCCACUUAAAAAGAAACAACUGGGGUCAUUUCUUUCAAAAGCUGAAAUUCACCUGACUCUAGGAAUUCAUCGCUCAGUCGAUGGUUUACUGGGUGUGCAUGCCGUGUCGUCGUGAAAGGUGAUGUUCACGAUGGGCUAGUUCCGUCUUAAAAACCUACCACAGAGAGAAAAUACCGGUGCCAGAAGCGAUCGAGACCCGAACCCUCACUCCCCGAUUCUAAUUGUCGACGACAAGCGCCAAUGGACUUCACGGAUGGGUCGGAUAGAGGAAGAGGGGAUGGCGUCACGGUCUCCAUCCUAAGCAAUCAAAAUCCGAUUAGCUUUAAUGUAUGUGGACGUCGGUUGGAUAUUUGACAGUGUGACUGAAACCUUAACAUAGACACUGUGGAUACGAGCAAACUACAUGGUCCAGGAUGACCUUCUCACAGAAGUGACUCAUGUACAAAAUGAUCGAAGCUGUUGUUGAUUCUCAAAAAUUUAGCACCAAAGAUAUUAAAUAAGAAAUGAUGAGUACCGAGCAAAAUAUUUUUGUCAAGACCUUCAGCGUCGAGGUCGGAGAGUGUGCAAGCUUCACCUGAUGUUCCCUCAGCGUGAAAAUGAUGGCGGACAACGCCAGAUAGUCAAAGAUAAGUUUGCGCACCAACUUCGUAAUGUAGACACUACACCUAGAGAGCAAAUAAGGAAUCAUCAGGUAAUUUCUAGGAGCAAAAUGGACGGCUCGGAAUCGGAAGCGGAAUCCUUCAAUUUCUGUUUCGAGAUCACGGGUGAAAACCUUGAAGAUCUUUUGGCAUAUGAUGAUCUUUUCCUUGACUUCUUCAAUGCCUUUUUAUCAUUGCCAGUCUUCCCUCAAGCAUUAGUGUAUAAUCGUCUGACAGGUGCCUUUGAAGAGUUAGAUGAAGCAACUUUAGAUCUCUCUGGAAACCAAGGUUCUUUACUUUAUGGACCCACAGAUGCUGAGCGGGAAAAAAUGCUAGAAUGGGCACGACGUGAAAGACUGCCUCUUUUCCUCAAAACACAACUGUUUCGAGAACUAAAACUUGUGAAACUCUUGCUGCGACCAACAGAUGAUCGCAACUCUGCUAGCCGAUGCUCAAGUCGCAAUAUUCGUGGUUAUAGCCGUCAGACUGAGACUUAUGUUUCAUCGCUUAGUAACAGCAUGGAUAAUAGCGGACAUGAUGUUCUUGAGGAUGAUUUCUGGGGCGAAGUCAACUACUCAGCCCUCUACCACUAUGAGCGACCUGGCAGUCGUGCUUUUAGCAUGCCAAUCAAAAUUAUUCAUAAUGAUGACAUGAUCUAUCAUGCAGAUAAUAAUAGCUCCAACACCAACGACACUUCUAGUAAUAUAAAACGACGGCAAAAAUCAUCAAGUAGUGCAAGAAGCAAAUCUAUAGAAAAGCAGUUUGAUGUGAUCAAGAGGACAGCUAGAACACAUAGCAUAGCUGAUGUUAUGCCUGCAACAAAAAGCAGUAUGUUAUCCUCGCAUCAAAGCAAAGGGCCAGUGCAGUCAUCUACAGAAGAGGCUUUCCAAAAGGGAGCAAGAGCUUUAUCUGCUCCCAUUAGCUAUGAGCAAUAUCAGAAGUUGCCACACAUGCCCUUGCCCGACUUCGAUGCAAUGUUCGGUGAAGAAGAACCUGAACCAAAUGGUCAGACUUAUGUCACAUUUGAAGAUGACCACAUCAGUGAUGAACAAACAGAGACAGAUGUGCGCAACAUGGAGGGUCGCCUCAAGAUGACUAUUCAGCAGAUGAAGGAACAGGUUUUCAGCUGUCGGACUGGAUAUGAGCAUUUUCGUGAGUUUUUGGUGGACACAUCAGGACACUACCUUAUGGAGUUCUGGCUUGACUGUGAACAUUUUAAAGAUUUGAUUGAGGACUUAGACGACACAAAACAGUGGGAGAUUGUUAGCAUGUUGUUCAGAGACAUUCAGGACAAGUAUAAGCUGAAGCUGACACAAGAUGCUAAAGAACAGAUCACAAGAUCUGCCAGCAGCGUAGGACUGAGCCAUACAAUCUUUUUGAGGACACAGUAUGAUGUGCUACGGCGUCUCCGUGCAUACUGGCUGCCACGCUAUUUGAUUCAUUGUGAGAGAACAGAUGCACUCAGUGUUGAUGCCAAAGCCCUAGAACUACAUCUGCACACAGAGAUGAAGCGUCAACGUAGUCCUCAGCAGUUCACCAUGUUCCCUACCAUCUCACUGGCACAUUCCAUGCCAGUUUUUCCAGAAGAAGCCAAAAAUUUUUCUUUUUCGAAGAUUGGAACUUCUGAAGCCAGAGGAAAUUUUUUACGAGCAGGGUCAAGCAUGUCUAUGGCAUCUGCCUACCCUAACAGGUCCAGUCAAUCCAGCCGGUUGCGAAGGAGUCUGGUGUCAGCACAUAUAAAUCGACGGAUUCAGUUUGCAAGAUCCUCAAAGGAGAGAUUUCUCCUUGCUCUGGCUCUAGACCGGAUUGCAGGUGGACCUUUCCAGCAGUACCUCUCUCAACGACAAGAUGAUGAGCAUCUCCUUUCCUGCCUGCUCUUCUGGCAAGAUGUGACAGAAUUUGGAGCAACAGAAGAUCAUUCAGUAGAUCGACUGCUCCGUCUUUGUCAUGCUUGGUCCAUCUACAACAGAUAUCUGUCUGAGGACAGUGUUCACAAAGUUGAAUUAUCAGAAAAAGAACGUCUGAAUAUACAUAAAAUGCUGCAAGCAGCACGAAACUUCAUUGAGGCAGCAGUAUUUGACACUGCCAAGGUGCAGGCUGUAGUGAAACUAGAAAAGGAAUGGAUCCAGUACCUAAAGAAGGAUCUCAAGGCAUUUCUAGACUGCCGAGUGCGUGUUGGAGGUGAAAGUCCACCAAGUACAGCAGAUGCUAUUGAAAUAACUGUCACGGACCAGGAUGUUCUAAUCAAAAGACCUCGACCUUGGGUUAGAAGAUUACAGCCCGUCAGGUACCCAGGAUCUGGAGCAUCAGAAAGAGCAAAACGGCUUCAGAAGGCUCUCAUUAUUGCUGAAGACAUCGACGAUGAGCGAAAAGCAGAAAGAAAGAGGGAAGGAUUGGAGAGGCGGAAAGAAAUGGAGCGUGAAAGAAGAAAAGCAAUUAAGGCAGCUUAUGCUAGACAGAAGGAAGCCAAGAAAAACAGCAAAGCAAUUAAUGCAGAGAAGAGUCAGGAUAAUAUACCUGGUGAAGAGAAGAUGAAAGAAAUGGAUGAAAAACCACUUACAUAUCACGAGUUAUCCAGCAACCGGCAAGUUAUGUCAAUGUUUCGGAAGUAUCUGAAUGAGACUGAUGCACAGAAGGACAUACAGCCCCAGAUAAGUUUGCUGCAAGACAUUGAAACCUUCAUGACCUCCAAAGAUUCCAAGCAAAAGAAGGAAGCAGCUUCUGCACAUAUCUUCAAGACAUACCUUGAUCCACAUUCAAAGAAGUUUAUACCAUUGAAUGAAGAUAUUGUUCAAAUGGUAACUACAGAAAAUGAUCGCCCCAAAUCUAACACACUGAAAGAAGUUCAGAAAGUUGUGCUGUCCAAGGUGGAAGAAACAUUCAAAGAAUUUCUCAGUCAUCAAGCAGAGGAAUUUGGUGUUGAGCCACAAGAAUUAGCUAACAUGUCUCAAGCUGAGCUCACGUUGCGAACAAGUUCAGACCAGUCUCUGCUCUCCACUCGGCACAAGCGCAAAGGAGCCAGUCGUGGCAAGCACCCCUCAGAGAAACAAGACAAAAAUGAAGAGGAGAAAGGUGUACAGAAAAUUGGCACACUGGAAUUCACCUCUGUGAAAGUAAACUUGUUUGAGGGUGGGCAAGUAGGAAAGUUCUCUCGUCCUCUGCCUUCCCCUGUGACAAAAUCGCCCAGCAAAACAAUGUCUGAUACGAAGGUGAAGUUUGUAGCUUUAAAUGGUUUUACCAAGAUUCCUGAAAGCCGGGUGUCUGAGUCCUCUCAAUCUGUCUUUGGCAAGGGAGACAGUCAGAGCACACCAUCACGUUUGGCCAGUGUUGAGGGUCAGCCUCAGUCCAGCAGAACUUUUGACACCCCACUUUUAUCCCUCCCUUCCCAACGAAGAAGCAGAAGAAACAAGGUCACAGGUCGGGCACAACCAUCUCGUGAAGACAAGAAUGAGUUCCUGCAUACCUUAGCUCAGUCUGCAGCGGGCCAGCUAUCAAUUUUCAUGCUAUAUUUCUACAAGUACAUACUGAAGCAUGGAGAAGUGGAUGGUAUGCCACAGAUACACAAGGAUCUCUUCUUCUACAUUGAGGUGCAAAAGUUUAAGGAUUGCAGCCAUGCGUACUCUGAUGAGGAGAUGCUGAAGCGGAAAGUACAGUCUAUAAUGGACUGUUUCUUGGAGUCUGUGUAUUCACCACCACUGCAGAUUGACAUCAGUCCUGACAUCCAUCAAAAGACAAUAAAAGCGGUGCAGAGAUACUUGGCUGGAAAGGAUGUGGUGCCCUCCCUAUUUGAUGAAGCUCAAGUUGCAGUCUUUAAAGAACUACUUCCAUACUGGGCAGGCUUUCGUAAAUCGCGAUCUUAUGUACCAGAGAGUUCCAAAAAACCAGUGACAAAAUUUGACAAGAUGCUGAGAAGAAGAAUGGAAAACAUCCAGAACUACCAAAUACCUUCAACUGAGUUACUCCUACCCAGCAUUCCAGAGGGCGCUAUUCCCACAUACACAAUAACCCUUUCUGAUGGCAUCAAGUACAGGGAGGUCCAGGAAAGUGAGAGUGGGGCUCCUACUCCUACGCUGGAGACUAAACAUCGAGAGCGUGGCAGCCGCUUGGGAAAUAUUUCUGGUACAGAGAACCUUGCUCGUCAAGGUCGCAAAAUGUCCAUUAAGACUGACUUACCUCAUAAAGAUCCACUUUUGGCUAGAUGAUGGCCUCAAAGAAAUUGGUUAGUUGCAAUAAUUUCCUCUCAGAGGUGACUAACCCAUUCUUCUGUUUGAAUACAGAAAAGAAAGAAGGCCUGCUCUACAUAUGGUCUGGAAAAUGAAAACCUCUGCACAAGAAAAAGGAUAAAAAUCUAGUAAGCAACAUUGAAAGAUAGAAGCCAUUAGCAGCAAAACAUAAACAAAAUAUAAAAAGGAUGAAUUUUGAUGCUACAAGGUGGGAAAAAACUAACUAUGCAAACUGAUCUCCACAACAAAUUUUUAUCAGGCUGGCAUCAGGAUUAGUGUUUUGCCAAAGGAGAAGUGAAAGUGUGUAGAUCUUUAAAUUUAAAACAAUUUGUGAAUUGCCAUAUGCAAGUGGGCUUGAUUCACAUAUAUUUCAUGUCAUCCCAUUAAAUUUACCCAAUAAGCCUUUUUUUUUAAGGUAGAGAUGAAUCUGUAGGCAGCGCUGAAAGAAGACUGGAACAUUCCUCUGCUUAUGUCUGAGCUGGAUACUUCAUAACAUUAAUGUGCUUGACAAAUUGUGGGGUUCAGCUAUUUUUGGCUGUCUUGGCUGUUUGUUUCAUUUUUUAUUUUUGUUUUUUGUUCUGAGCUUCUUUAUUUUGAGAUUUAUCUGUUUUAAGACGUUACUGGUAGCUUCAAAAUUUAAAAAAUAUAUACUACACAGAAUACAUUUAGAAAUCAUUUAUGAUGUUACCAUAUGAGAGAGAGUGUGACAGAGCCAUCUUUCAUCUGUCUGUAGACUUGUUAUUUUUCAUGUAUAAUAUUAAAUAAUAAGAUAUAUUUAUAAAGCGCCAAUUCUUACAUACAAGAACUCGUGCACAUAUCUGCAUGAAUACCUACAAACAUUCACAUAUAUCAUGAAGAAGUUAGUAUAAAAAGUCCUAAAGGUUAGCAAACAAAACUGCCCAUUACAUAAUAUGUCUUCUUCCUAUAACCUGCAUGUGAACGUCUUUUUAUGUCUAGUCAAACAUUCCAACACAUAGGCAAACAUUAAAAGCUGUAACUUGUGGUUAGAGAUUCUGGAAGACAUACAAAUUUGUGUGAUCACUUGUAACAUUCGAUGAUAUCUGAAAAAGAUUUUUUUGACUAUUGUUCACUAAAGCCAUUCUAAAAAUUGACAAUGGUAAUUUAAAAUUUUGAUAACUUUAUGUAACAUUUGUCAAAACUUUAUAGUGGUUUUUUAACUGUUCAUUUAUUCUGUGAAUUUUUACAUUUAUUUAUGCUUUGUCCUACAUUAUCAUAGUAGUACUUUUGUACUUUGUUUUCAGUGAAGAGAUGUGGAUACUUUGUACAUAAUAAUGGCAGAGACAUUUAAUGUUGAGAAAUAUUAUAGCAGAAAAAUUGUGCUAAAUAAUUCUUGACCACACCGCUGCCAAAAGCUAAAGACAAGAAACCUAUCUUCUGCCAAGACUGAUUACUGCUGUGUAUAUUUUCUUGUUAGAGGCUGUUGACGACAUGAAAUAUUUCAUAUGCAGUAUUUGCAACAACUUUUGACUUUUAUACUGUUUUGGUAAAGCUGAUUUAUCUGUUCUCAUUUCUUUGUGCUGUUUUAGUACAUCUUUGAUGCUUUUUGAUAGAGAUUGCAUGUGGUCAGCACAAAACUGACAUUCCAAGUGCAGCUUCUCCAGCAUGGCUCCCCAGCUUCAGCCAUAUAUAGCAUUACUUCAAUUCUUUUGCUUUAAGAUUUUACACCACCAGAAUUCAGCAUUACCCCUUGGUAAAAGCAGACUGUGAUCAUAUCAAUAUUUUAAUUGUAUUUCAUCUGUUUGACUUUAUUAUUCAAGAAGUUUAUAUGUAUAUAAUAUGUGUAUAUUAAUAAAUAUGUCCUUUGUUUA